CCCCCGGCCAAGCUGGGCUAUAAAUAUCUGCCUGUCUCUGCACUGUGAAUCUGUGAUCUAGCUAGCAGCUAGGGCAGCUGCUCGAUUGAUCGAUCUCCCUCGCCCGCCUCCUCCUGUACUCGUCAACCCCGCGAGAUGCUGGGCUAGCCAUUACUCCCCUCAUAAUCUCUCUCUCCCUCACUCGACCAUUCAGAGCCAAGCAAAGCAAGCAAGAAGAUUAGGAAGAGGCAGGAGUAUCGGAGCGGAAAGAUUAAUUAGGUGGCCGCCGGUGUGUGUGUGUGAUGAUGAAGAGGAUGGUGAUCCUGCGGCGGUGCCACCCACCGCCGCCGCCGCCGGCGGUGCUCCUGGGCGGGUGCGGCGGCGGCGGCGUGCGGUACGGUGAGUGCCGGAGGAACCACGCGGCGAGCAUGGGCGGGCACGCCGUGGACGGGUGCCGCGAGUUCCUGGCCGAGGGGGAGGACGGCACCGCCGCCGCGCUCCGCUGCGCGGCGUGCGGGUGCCACCGCAGCUUCCACCGCCGCGUCGUGCGGCGCUGCUGCUGCCGCGACGACGACGACGCCUCGGCGGCCGGCGCCCGCCUCUGGCGGGGCGGCGAGGGCUGCUCGCCGGAGUCCUCGGCGUCCAGCGCCACGCCGAGGUAGAAAAAGCAAAGAUCAGAUCAGCAACAAACGCAGGUGCCAAGCCCACGCCUGCAACUCGCGCCGAGCUUCUGCUUCUUCUCCUCUAACUAGCUAGCUAGCUCGAUCAGGUCUCUUGCCUAGCUAAAUUAUUGCUACUGCCUUUUUCCCCCUGCAAAAUUAUUUGUAAGGUUGUUCAUCGAUCACACGCUACCCGUGUUUGUACAAUUUUACGCCUGCUGUCCUUCUUUUUGCAUGAGAUUGUUGAGUUACCAUAUGAUGGCUUGCUGCGAGAUCUACAGAUGGAAGAAGCCUUGUCAGGCCACUAUGCAUGAGUGAUUUCCUGUCUCUCUGGCUCUCUGUCCAUAAAGUCCAUAUAUAUACAGUUUCUUCA